AUGUCCGAACCAACCAAAAAGCAACUCAUCAUCAAUGCCUUCGCAAUGCACUCCCCCAGCCACCUAAACCCAGGCCUAUUCCGCUACCCAACCGACCAAGGCUCCUCCUACAAAAACAUCCAAACCUGGAUAACCCUCGCGAAAAAGCUCGAAGCCGCCAAAUUCCACGCCAUCUUCUUCGCCGACGUCCUCGGCGGCUACGACGUCUACAAAGGUCCCUCCAAUUUGUCGCCUACCAUCCCGGCCGCAGCGCAAUUCCCCAUCAACGAUCCGCUGUAUAGCAUUCCCGCAAUGGCAGCUGCGACGGAGAGUAUCGGGUUUGGCGUGACAGCGUCGACGACGUAUGAUGCGCCGUAUGCGUUGGCGAGACGGUUCUCGACGGUGGACCAUUUGAGCAAUGGGCGUGUGGGGUGGAAUAUUGUUACGUCGUAUUUGGAUUCUGCGGCGAGGAAUUUCGGGCUGGAUACGCAGGUUGAGCAUGAUGAGCGGUAUCGCAUUGCGGAUGAGUAUUUGGAUGUUACGUAUAAGUUGUGGGAGGGGUCUUGGAGGGAUGAUGCCGUGGUUUGGAACCAGGGCGUGAAUGGGACUGAGGUUAAUGGCUCGGAUGCAGGUGGUUCGAAGAAGGAGAGGAGCACGCAGUAUGCGGACCCGACUCGUGUGCGCCAGAUCGACCACAAAGGGAAGUACUUCCAGGUUCCUGGUCCGCACCUCUGCGAGCCGAGUCCUCAGCGCACGCCGUUCCUGCUUCAAGCUGGUACUUCGACGGCUGGGAAGGCCUUUGCCGCUAAGCAUGCCGAAGCAGUCUUCCUACAUGCGCAGAAACCUGAGCUGGUGCGCCCCUCGGUGGACAGUAUUCGCCAGCAAGCCGCCGCACUGGGCCGGAACCCAGCCGAUAUCAAGGUUAUUGCAGGGGCAUUGGUGAUUGUGGCUGAGACCGAUGAAGCGGCGCAUGCCAAGGUUGAAGAGCUCAAGAAAUACGGUGAUCGAGAGGGUGCUUUGGCUCUGUUCGGUGGUUGGACGGGGUACGAUCUCUCCACGUACGCUGAUGAUCAAGACUUCCGCUUCGUCGAGUUACCCGCCGUCCGGAGUAUGGUGAAUCACUGGGCGAGUACAGUCCCCGGCACCGAGGGUGUGAAGUGGGACAAGAGGACGAUUGCGGAUUACCUGGUUCUCGGGGGUAACGGGGUCAAGAUUAUCGGCAGUGUCAAGACUGUUGCGGAUGAGUUGGAGCGGUGGGUGAGUGUGGGUGAUGUGGAUGGGUUCAAUCUGAGUUAUGCCAGUCUGCCGGAUACCUUUGAUGAUAUCAUUGAGCUUUUGUUGCCGGAGUUGCGUCGGAGGGGUCUGUUCUGGGAGGAUUACGCUGUGAAGGGUGGUACGUUGCGGGAGAAUAUGUAUGGCCAGCGGGGGCAGUCGAGGCUUCCGGAGGCUCAUACGGGAGCGAAGUACUUCUGGAAAGCGGGUCAGGAUGUGCCUCCGUACUCGUUGAAUGAGUCGGAGUAG